AGGAGGGCUGGACCAGGCUGGGUGGGUGGGGACUGGGGCUGGUAACCUGGCAGCCGUCGAGAGAAAGAAGAUUAUAAAUGCCAGAGCCAUUUAACUAAUGGUUAGCUGUUGCAUUCCGACACUUCUUUAAAUAUCUUCUUGCACCAAAGUCUUCAUUGGGAAGAAUUCAGGAAAAGUAGCAGAGGGAAAGAGUGUCAACAUUUACAUGUACCAUGGCUAUACCAAUAACGGUGCUUGACUGUGAUCUCUUACUCUAUGGCCGGGGUCACCGGACAUUGGACCGUUUUAAGCUUGAUGAUGUGACUGAUGACUACUUGAUGUCCAUGUAUGGUUUUCCUCGACAGUUCAUUUAUUACUUGGUGGAGCUCUUGGGAACCAGUCUUUCUAGACCUACUCAGAGAUCCAGGGCUAUUAGCCCAGAGACUCAGAUCCUUGCAGCACUGGGCUUCUAUACUUCAGGUUCCUUCCAGACUCGGAUGGGAGAUGCUAUUGGAAUCAGCCAGGCUUCAAUGAGUCGAUGUGUUGCCAAUGUCACCGAAGCACUUGUGGAAAGAGCCUCACAGUUCAUUCACUUUCCAGCUGACGAAGCAUCCAUUCAAGCUCUGAAGGAUGAAUUCUAUGGGUUGGCUGGGAUGCCAGGGGUGAUAGGAGUGGUUGACUGUAUCCAUGUGGCAAUCAAGGCACCAAAUGCUGAAGACCUCUCCUAUGUGAACCGCAAAGGUCUGCAUUCUUUAAAUUGCCUGAUGGUGUGUGACAUUAGAGGGGCACUAAUGGCUGUGGAGACAAACUGGCCAGGCAGCCUACAGGACUGUGCUGUGCUCCAGCAGUCUUCCCUCAGCAGUCAGUUUGAAGCUGGAAUGCACAAGGAUAGCUGGCUGCUUGGUGACAGUUCCUUCUUUCUCCGUACCUGGCUCAUGACCCCACUUCACAUCCAUGAAACUCCAUCUGAAUAUCGCUAUAAUAUGGCCCAUUCUGCAACUCACAGUGUGAUUGAGAAGACUUUCCGAACUCUCUGCUCCCGAUUCCGCUGCCUGGAUGGAUCCAAGGGGGCACUGCAGUACUCGCCAGAGAAGUCCAGCCACAUCAUCUUGGCUUGCUGUGUCCUCCACAACAUCUCCCUGGAGCAUGGGAUGGAUGUUUGGUCUUCUCCAACGGCAGGGCCCAUGGAACAGCCCCCCGAGGAAGAGUACGAGCACAUGGAGUCCCUGGACCUAGAAGCUGACCGGAUCCGUCAGGAGCUGGUGCUCACUCAUUUUAGUUAAUGUGAAAGGUGGGGAGGAGGAAGAAAACCUUCUAGAAGGAGUUGUGACAGACUUCCCCCCCCUCACUAACCUCUACGCAGUUCCGUCAUCUAGCAUAACUGAGUGGGGACACCUGUCACAAAAUGACAUUUAAUCUGCGUGUUUUUAGAAGAGUUGGGGCUCUGCCAGAAUAUCUUGAUUCAUUUGCAAUUUUAUUAACUAAACCAAAACCAGGACAGCUCCCUACUGUGCAUUGAACUCCAGGUUGAGCAUCAGUCAUUUGAAAGCUCACUGGUUGCUGACAUUUAUGAUUGUGCCUACAACAUCAAAACAAAGAGAAAAUGACAUCGAGCCAGAGCACUUUAUUUUUGUUUCAAUUAUCUGGAGAUUUCAAUUGAAAACAAUAUUUACUUGUCCUGGAUUAUUUAGAUGGUAUUUUAACUUUUCUGCUUUGUUGCCAAUACAGGCAUAAUCUGAUGCAAGUGUAAAAAAUAACUUUAAGUUGAAGAAUGGCCUUCUAACAUUAGUAAAUUGCUACUAAUUUGAGUUUGCAGCUUUAUGUUUUUAAGAAGAUGGUGGGUACGGUGUGAAACCUAAAACUUUUGUCUUUAGUCUUUCUGCAAUGAUUGGACUGUGUCCUGGACCUAGUUCCUAGGGAGAACAUCUGGACUCCAAUCUCCUAUUUCCAACCCUGAGUAGGAGCUAGAGGCUAAAUGGGGUAAGAACCCUAUCAGCUUGAGGAAAAAAAGUCAAAUAUAGAUAGUAUAGCAGGCUUACACUUUACAGGGGAUCUAAAGACCCUGAUUGUGUUGUUAGAAUGUCUGUUUGGCUAUUAGGCUUCUAAAGUCCUUGUACUGAAGGAAUAUUUCAGGAAUAAAGAAGGCAUAUGAAAGUAUUAAGAAGUAGGUAAAAAGAACAUAAUUUCACUUGAAAUUAAUUUCGAAGUUAGAUCUCCCUGAAUAUCUUAUAUGCCGAGUGAUAGACAGAAUUUCCCAGGAAAUAAAUAAUUCCCCACCACAUCUUAUUCUAAAAUUAUACUGAUACAAAAAUAACCUGAUUGGAAUAAUGAAAGUGUAAAUUAGGUUCACACAUUGGUGCC